CCUCACAUUAAUUUAUAUAUUAUUACUAUGGAAAUUCAAUUUUCUUAAGCUCACAUUUCCUUUGUGUUGUGUUUGUGAGUAACUGGCAAAGCCAAACACACACACAACACAAACCUUCUCUCUCUCUUCGUCCAAUUCAGUCCUUGGUGCUGUUGGAUCUUGCUUAUAACCCUUGAUUGAUUCGCAAAGAUGAAGGUCACGGUGGUUUCUCGCAGUGGAAGAGAAGUGGUUAAAGGUGGCAUUCAGCUCGACGAUUCUGCUACUGUAGCAGAUCUGCAGGAAGCAAUUCAUAAGCGAACCAAGAAGCACCCAUCAAGGCAGCGCUUGACACUUCCCGUCCAACCCGGAUCAAAGGAAAGGCCUGUUGUCCUUAAUUACAAAAAGAGUCUGAAAGACUUUACAAGUGGAAAUUCAGAAACCUUAACUGUUGUAUUCAAGGACUUGGGCCCUCAAGUUUCUUAUCGUACACUUUUCUUCUGCGAGUAUUUGGGGCCUUUGCUUCUCUAUCCAGUCUUCUACUAUUUCCCUGUGUACCAAUAUUUUGGUUACAAAGGUGAACGUGUCAUCCACCCUGUGCAGACAUACGCCUUGUACUAUUGGUGUUUCCACUAUGCCAAACGAAUUCUGGAAACAUUUUUCGUGCAUCGCUUCAGCCAUGCAACCUCACCCCUUUCCAAUGUGUUUCGCAACUGUGCUUAUUACUGGACUUUUGGUUCCUUCAUUGCUUAUUAUGUGAACCACCCUCUUUAUACCCCUGUAGGGGAUCUCCAAAUGAAGAUUGGCUUUGGCUUUGGGAUACUCUGUCAAAUUUCAAAUUUCUAUUGCCAUAUUAUACUGAAGAAUCUUCGCAGACCUGAUGGCGAAGGCGGGUACCAAAUCCCAAAGGGCUUUCUUUUCAAUAUUGUUACCUGUGCAAAUUAUACAACUGAGAUUUAUCAGUGGUUGGGCUUCAACAUUGCAACGCAAACUAUCGCAGGUUAUAUUUUCCUCGUAGUUGCUACUUUUAUCAUGACCAAUUGGGCUUUUGCAAAGCACAGGCGUUUAAGGAAGUUAUUUGAUGGAAAGGAUGGGAGACCUAGGUAUCCUCGUCGAUGGAUAAUAUUGCCCCCAUUCCUGUAGAAGCCAUAGCCACUGAUGAGGGUCACCACUCUGCUCACAGGAUUCUGAGAUUUAGAAAUGUAGCAUAAUGGAAUUUUGGUGAUCUAUUUUUAUUAGAUAUGGAUUUGUCUUGCAAUGCUUUUGACUACGUAGUUGAUUACGAAAUUGUUGAAUUAGUGUUUUGCAGAAUAUUUGUAACCAUUUCAAGAUUGUAGCACUACUGGGGAUUCUUGUUUCUUAAUCUUCUUGUGAUGACCGUAUUCAUGUUUCUUUUUAA